AAGUUGUUAUUUUUUCUGUAAAACUCUAAAACUCAGAAGCCGAUUUUUGUCAUAAUAUAAGAUAGUUUUGGAAAAUUCUGCAGUUCUUCUAGAUCAAUCUUUAGAACUUGGUGAGUUUCACUAGAUACCUUCAUUCUUCAUUUUGAGCUUAGAGAAUUUUGAGGCUGAUGGUCAUAUAGAAGAAAUCCUUGAACUUAUAGUUUUCUGAAGAAUCAGUUCAAAAGAUCCCCAAAGUACCAAAGGAGAAGUACAAAUGUCUACCACAAGACGAAAACGUAAUAUGUUAUGUUGUUUACCGUAAGCUGUAGUAAAAUGAGCUCAAUUGUUGACAGAGAUGACAGUAGUAUUUUUGAUGGGUUGGUGGAAGAAGAUGACAAGGACAAAGCAAAAAGAGUAUCAAGAAACAAAUCUGAAAAGAAACGAAGAGAUCAAUUUAAUGUUCUUAUUAAAGAACUGGGAUCCAUGCUUCCUGGUAAUGCUAGAAAGAUGGACAAAUCUACUGUUUUGCAGAAGAGCAUUGAUUUUUUACGAAAACAUAAAGAAAUCACUGCACAGUCAGAUGCUAGUGAAAUUCGACAAGACUGGAAACCGACAUUCCUUAGUAAUGAAGAGUUUACACAAUUAAUGUUAGAGGCUCUUGAUGGUUUUUUUUUAGCAAUCAUGACAGAUGGAAGUAUAAUAUAUGUGUCUGAGAGUGUAACUUCAUUACUUGAGCAUUUGCCAUCUGAUCUUGUGGAUCAAAGUAUAUUUAAUUUUAUCCCAGAGGGGGAACAUUCAGAGUUUUAUAAAAUACUCUCUACCCAUCUGCUGGAAAGUGAUUCAUUAACUCCUGAAUACUUAAAAUCAAAAAAUCAAUUAGAGUUCUGUUGUCAUAUGCUUCGAGGAACAAUAGAUCCAAAGGAGCCAUCUACCUAUGAGUAUGUGAGAUUUAUAGGAAAUUUCAAAUCUUUAAACAGUGUAUCUACUGCUGCACAUAAUGGUUUUGAAGGAACUAUACAACGCACACAUAGACCUUCUUAUGAAGAUAGAGUUUGUUUUGUAGCUACUGUCAGGUUAGCUACACCUCAGUUUAUCAAGGAAAUGUGUACUGUUGAAGAACCCAAUGAAGAGUUUACAUCUAGACAUAGUUUAGAAUGGAAGUUUCUAUUUCUUGAUCACAGGGCACCACCAAUAAUAGGAUAUUUGCCAUUUGAAGUUUUGGGAACAUCAGGCUAUGAUUACUAUCAUGUGGAUGACCUAGAAAAUCUGGCAAAAUGUCACGAACACUUAAUGCAAUAUGGGAAAGGCAAAUCGUGUUAUUAUAGGUUCCUGACCAAAGGGCAACAGUGGAUUUGGCUUCAAACUCAUUAUUAUAUCACUUAUCAUCAGUGGAAUUCAAGGCCAGAGUUUAUUGUUUGUACUCACACUGUAGUAAGUUAUGCAGAAGUUAGGGCUGAAAGACGACGAGAACUUGGCAUUGAAGAGUCUCUUCCUGAGACAGCUGCUGACAAAAGCCAAGAUUCUGGGUCUGAUAAUCGCAUAAACACAGUCAGUCUCAAGGAAGCAUUGGAAAGAUUUGAUCACAGUCCAACCCCUUCUGCCUCCUCCCGGAGUUCAAGAAAAUCAUCUCAUACAGCAGUCUCAGACCCUUCCUCAACACCAACAAAGAUCCCAACAGAUACUAGCACUCCUCCCAGACAACAUUUACCAGCUCAUGAAAAGAUGGCUCAAAGGAGGUCAUCAUUUAGUAGCCAGUCCAUAAAUUCCCAGUCUGUUGGUCCAUCAUUAACACAGCCAGUGAUGUCGCAAGCUGCAAAUUUACCAAUUCCACAAGGCAUGUCCCAGUUUCAGUUUUCAGCGCAGCUAGGAGCCAUGCAGCAUCUGAAAGACCAGUUGGAGCAACGGACACGGAUGAUAGAGGCAAAUAUUCAUAGGCAACAAGAAGAACUAAGGAAAAUUCAAGAACAACUUCAAAUGGUCCAUGGUCAAGGGCUGCAGAUGUUUUUGCAGCAGUCAAACCCUGGGUUGAACUUUGGUUCUGUUCAGCUUACUUCUGGAAAUUCAUCUAACAUCCAGCAACUCACACCUGUGAAUAUGCAAGGCCAGGUUGUUUCUACUAACCAAAUUCAAAGUGGAAUGAAUACUGGACAUAUUGGUACAAGUCCGCACAUGAUACAACAACAGACUUUACAGAGUACAUCUACUCAGAAUCAACAAAGUGUACUGAGUGGGCACAGUCAGCAAACGUCUCUUCCCAGUCAGACGCAGAGCACUCUUUCAGCCCCACUGUAUAAUACUAUGGUGAUUUCUCAGCCUGCAGCUGGAAGCAUGGUCCAGAUUCCAUCCAGUAUGCCACAGAACAGUACCCAGAGUGCUGCAGUAACUACAUUCACUCAGGACAGACAGAUAAGAUUUUCUCAAGGUCAGCAACUUGUGACCAAAUUAGUGACUGCUCCUGUAGCUUGUGGGGCAGUCAUGGUACCUAGUACUAUGCUCAUGGGUCAGGUGGUGACUGCCUAUCCUACUUUUGCUGCACAACAGCAGCAGGCACAGACACUGUCAGUAACGCAGCAGCAGCAGCAGCAGCAACAGCAACAGCAACAGCAGCAGCAGACUUCCCAGGAACAGCAGCUUCCUCCAGUUCAGCAACCAUCUCAGGCUCAACUGACUCAAACACCACAGCAGUUUUUACAGACUUCUAGGUUGCUCCAUGGGAAUCCUUCAACUCAGCUCAUCCUCUCUGCUGCGUUUCCACUACAACAGAGCACCUUCUCUCAGUCACAUCACCAGCAACACCAGUCUCAGCAACAGCAGCAACUUAGUCGGCACAGGACUGACAGUUUGACUGAUCCUUCUAAGGUUCAAUCACAGUAGCACAAGUACUUCCUCCAGCACCAAAGGAGGAAGGUGGUGGUCCAUAAACGUUGCUCAGAUGACCUGAGGUUAGGAGGAAAAGUUCCAGCAGUUUCAUGAGAUACAGUAUUGAGUGUUCUAGUUCCUGGAAUUAGUUGGUAGGGAAAAUGUGCCUAGUGCUAUAGAUGUACGUUAAAACCAGCCAGCAGAAGAUGAUCAUAGGGACAUAGCCAAUUCUGACAGUGUUUCAGUUGCCCAGAUAUUUUUUGAUGGAAAAAGAGUAUAUUGCCAAAUGUUAAGAAGCUCAGCUAUAAAAUGACCUCCAGUGAAUCAGAAAGGCACUAACAAUGUUAGUCACUUCUAGUGGUCUGUGCCUGCUAUCAAGUGUUACAGAGGACACACCACUGCCAUGUCAGGGGUUUGCUUACAAUGAUGCCAUGAAGAUAAUCUAGUAGUCAAUAGCCCCCACCUUAAGCCCCUCUCCCUUUUCAGAUAAUGAUGGAACAGUAAUUUCAGAAUGUUGUGUGGGUUUAAAUUUUUUGUGUACAGAUACUGUAAAAAUAUGUAUAUGUCUGGAUGAAGGAGAGAAAGCAAAACAUUGUGUAAGCUGCAUGAAAGCAUUCUCUCUUCCAUAUGAGUACAUUUCAUUAGAUUCCGACACCAUGUACAAACUGAUACAUCAGUCUCUGUUUUUCCUUUUGUUUACAGCAUAAUAGUGUGUUCUAUUCACUUUUCCAGGGCACAAGUCUUUUUGUUCAUACUUUGGCUGUGAUGUCACAGUUUGUUCAGUGAGGUAUGAUGUGCUGCUGGGAAUGGAUUUUUUUUCAGGUUAAAUUAUUGAUACAACAAGACUUUCAAGUUAUUCAGAAAUAUCCCUCAUUUCAUUAUUUUUGUUUGAAAAUAGGAUUUGCACUGCUUUAUUUUAGAUGGUUGGGAGUUUGAUCACAUAUUUUGAUAUAUUUCAUUGUUGCAAAUAUUUAUGUAAAUGGUUUUCAACAAGCCUGAAAGUAAUUUCAAGAAUGUUUCAGUUAUAGGAAUAAAAUUUGCACACAAACAUUAUAGGCACUUUUUAACAUUCCCAAUGGUGGGAAUUUUAACUUUUAGGAUUUGUUGGAAUCUUUUUAUUAUCCUUCACAAUUUCAAUGCUUCUUUUAGUCAGCAAUGAUUCAGGGUUAUUUGAGGGGGGGAACCCAUAGUGCCUUGAUUUUAAUUCAGGUGAUAACUCACCAUCUUGAACUUAUUGUCUGGUUUCAGUAGCAGUUUUUGAAACCUUAGUACAUUUUUAACAGCAUGUGGGUGUCAGUGUCAUUAUUCUCCUAAGUUCCUAUGAAGACUGCUGUGAGUCUCUUGGACUGGGGUACAAAUAAUUUAGAAAUAAAAAAGAUGACAACCUAACACUACACACUUUAAAGGUUCCCAAAUUUGUUUCCUAAAUUAAACAGUCGCUGGGCGUGGUGGUGCAUGCCUGUAAUCCCAGCGGCUAGGGAGGCUGAGACAGGAGG